CUGGAGGGCCCCUCGGUGCCACUUCCGGCGGCGCGAGACAUGGCCGCGGGCCGAGACGGCGGGGACUUGGCUCCUCGGCAGCUCGUGUUCCUACUUCCAGAGCAUUUAAAAGAUGUCUCAAAGAAGACGAAGAGUGGUCUCCUGUUUGUAAAACUGGCCAGCCCGCGCUCAGGGGAAGGAGCCUUUUACUUAUUUGAUAUGUGUCUGCAGCAGCUGUUUGAAGUAAAAGUUUUCGAGGAAAAAUAUCAUUCAUGGUUUAUAAAUCAAUCAGUUCAAUCAGGGGGGCUUCUCCACUUUGCAACACCCAUGGAUCCUCUGUUUCUGCUCCUUCACUACCUCAUAAAGGCUGGCAAAGAGGGAAAGUACCAGCCCUUGGAUCAGGUGGUAGUGGACGACAUGUUUCCAGAUUGCGCCUUGUUGCUGAAAUUUCCCGAGCUUGAGAAGGCGCUUCGGCAUGUGACAGAGGAGAAAGAAGUAAACAGCAAGAAGUACUACAAGUAUAGCUCAGAGAAGACCCUGAAGUGGCUGCUGAAAAAGGUCAGCCAAACUGUGGCAGCAUUGAAAGCCAAUAAUGUCAAUGUCGGAGCUCGGGUACAGUCAUCUGCAUAUUUCUCUGGUGAUCAGGUUUCCAAGGACAAGGAAGAGGAUUAUGUUCACUAUGCCCAUGGUCUGAUCUCUGAUUACAUCCCUAAAGAAUUAAGUGAUGACUUAUCUAAGUCCUUGAAGCUUCCAGACCCUCCAUCUUCAAUUCCAAACCCUCCAUCGAAGAUGCCAACACAAAGACGAAAAAGGGGCAAGUGACAAGUGAUGCAAAGCUUGCAAAGCUUAGCUGCUUCCUGUGCAACUUCACAUGCCACAAAUUGCUAAAACAUCUUCUGCAUCUUCAGGAGCACUCUGCAACUUCAGGAAAGCCUCCAGGCACCCGAGGUGUCUGUUCAGGGACCAGUGAUGAAUGCAGUUCCUUAGAUCAGCCAUGCCCAUUUCUCCUGGGACUUCUCAGCAAGGUGUUCUAUGCUGGAGUUCACACUACACAGAGUGUGGAUCUGAGGAGGGCCACUACCUCACCCUACCUCUGCCCCAGCCCAGUCGCAGAAGAGUUCGUAUCUUCCCAGGCUAGUGCCUCAGACUUCAAAAUGUCCAGAGGAGGCUUCCUGUGAAAGCAGGGUCAUUCCUCCUUACUGACUUGGUUGGCCUCCCAUUUUUUGGGAGCACCUGCAUGGUUGAUGUAAGUACAUGAGUUCACACUACAGACUCUGGCGAACCAAGUUUCAACCUUUUAAAUACUUCUUUAUUUCUUAUCAGCUUGGCAGUUUCUAAUGUGAUAAUGAUGCCCAAAUAUGUACAUUUCACAAUUUUUGGAGUUAUAAACAUGGUUUCUAUUUCAAA